AUGGAUGGCACAUCAAUAACAUAUGCCACGUCCAAGGACUGGCUGGACAUCAUGAAGAAUCGUAGCAAAGUGCGCAUGCACGAGCUGAUCGAGCGGUUGGGCUUGCGCGCAAAAUGGUCAUCCAACAAGCGCGGCAAAACAAAUUUCGAAUCGGCACUAGUUCGAGAAUUGGUUGCAGACAUGGGUGACGUCGUCGCGACGCUACCGAAAGAGCCGGAAGAGUUGAUGAAGUUUCUUAGUGAAGAAGACAGCCUGCAAGAGGAGGUUGAUGGGCUACUUGAAAAGCACGGAGGCAAGAUUUGGGGGAGAGCUGGGGAUCGAGAGCAUUUGAUCACAGCGAACGAGCCUGGUGUCGAUGAAGGGCUCUAUACAAGGGACUUAUAUAUCGAGCUUGAGGAAGACAGAAAGCUCAUUCACAAACUCUUGCACUGGUGGAUAGGCCUCAAAGCAUGCAACGUCAUCCUCGCUAGAGAGCGUUUGGAUCGCGAAAGAAGGAAGAAGGCAGAGAACCGGCAAGCACGGGCUGAAGCUGAACAUAACAGCCUCAAUGGUGAAGCCCCGGCUUCAUUUGUUGCGCUUGCACCCAAUUCAGUGCUGCACGAUGUUGACACAGGCUCAAGAGGCAGCCCGAUGUCGUCGAGCGCAAUGCUUACACCCCCAGAGUCGGGUGAGAGUCCUAUAGUGGGGCCUCGCGAAGGAGCCGGGUUCUCCGCUAUCAACGGCGGAGCCUCAGCGCACGCGGUCGGUGGCUUCAGCUCAGUCGGCGCGAACGCAACAUCAAAUGGUCAGCAGCACCAAAAUAUUGCUGAAGGCGUCUGGAGUCGACUUGCUCCCGGUGAGAGGAACGGAACAAGGGGAGCCAGCUCCUUAUGGCCUGCGACCAAUGGGCAUUCCGCGGACAGCAAAGCACCCGCACAUGCUCUCGCUGAGCAAGCUGCUGCAGAGCGGCAGAUCACCGAAAGCGUUGCACAACUAGUUGCAGGGUUUCGGACAGGUGAUGUAGGGCCAGAGAAAGUUCCACAAUCAGGCGCAAGCAUUCCCUAUCGCGGACUAGACUACGACAGCUUGAGAGCGCUGCGCUCAUAUAUUUAUAACGAGGAGGGAGCCAACUGGAAGCGAAUAUGGCGAGAGCUGGUGCGAGCCGACUCACAGAAAAUGCUCGAGAACGUGCCUGUGUUCAUAGCACGAGAGCGUGCGCUGCUGACAUGGAUUGAACUUAAAAGACAUAUGGCAGCAUUCGAGCGUGCAGAGCAGCGCUGGGCUAGCGAAGGCACCACAAACGCCGAACUUGAACGACGACAUCAGCAGUAUUGCACGCUGAUGGGCGCGACCGAAACCAUCCUGAUCAAUUUCGAGGAUGUCGGUCAGGGAUUUGGUGUUGCACCGGGCUUAGUGGUUGACAAGGACGAGCUUCUGCGACAAGCUAUAGUCAUGCUAGCCGGCGAAAAGUACGCGAAGGAAAUGCAGUGGAAGAACAUUGACUUUACAGCCACGGUACGAUGGCUCGGUGAGCACCUCGAAGCAUUCCGCAAGGACGAGGAAGAAGAGGGCAGGGGCACAAUGUGGUAUGUUGGCUAA